ACCAAAAAAAAAAAAACUGAUUUAAAACCUUUGGUCUCGUCCCAUAAUUCUCCUGGAGAGACGCACCCGGAAGUAGCGUUACAGGAAGCACGUGGUGGCUGUGGGAGAGUAGCUGAGCUGCUCGGAGGGUUGUCAUCAUGGUGCGUGUCAGGGGUCUGCUGCCGCUCAUUUACCAGCAUCUCCUGCAGAAUGGAUACGCCAAGACGGCCCGAGAGCUGCAGAUAGAAAGCGGAGAGAAAUUUACUACUGCACCGAAGGUGUCCCUUAAAGAUCUCUUCAGGCACUGGAAUAGGGAAGCCAGUAAGGACAGCAAUGUAUCCAAGAGCAAGAAACCAAAGGUGCAGGAUCCUGACAGCCCUUCUGAAUCCUCUGAUGAUGAGGUUGAUGCUGCACCAAAAAAAGGGAGUCUGGUGGCCCAGGGCAAAAAAGGGUCAGUCAAGAAGGCGUCUAGCAAGAUCAAAACAGAAGUUGUCACACCUAAGAAAAUGAAUUCUGAUAAAAAGUCAGCUUCAAAGGUGAAAGAAACAACUUCUGUAAAAGACAAGCCUGUGAUUCCUGAGACUCCUGCAGAAAGCAGCGAUGACUCGGACAGUGAGAAGGAGACCGUUCCAUUAAAAUCUAGUCUGAAACAAGAAACCCCCUUAAAGGCUCCCCAAACACCACAAACAAGGAGCAAAACUUCUGACUCGGCACAGCAUAACAAGAGUGUACCUAUUAAAACAACUCCUGCCUCUGCCGUGAAAAAAAACACUUCAGCCUCCAAUGGGAAAGCUGCGGUUGAAAGUGACGCCAGUGAAAGUGAGAGCAGUGAUGAAACGGACCUUGAGGAACAACCAGUGGCAUCUAAGGAAAAAUCCAAACCUCCUUCUGCUUUGACACAACCCAAGGCAGAUAGCUCAGAAAGUAGUGAAACGGAGAGUGAGGAGGAGCCGGCGGUAAAACAGAAGGCACCAACCCCAGCAACUCCUAAGGUAAAAGCCGCCACACCAUCGGCCAAGACUACAGCAGCACAAGCGAAAGCUGCAAAAGGGAAGUCCAUAACCAAAGCUACAGAUGUGGCCCCAGCAUCCCAAGGCAGCUCUUCAGUAGGGAAAACGCCAGUCAAGACUGUGGUAGAUGAGAGCAGCGAUGAAUCGGACAGUGACGAUGAGUUGGUGCCAUCAACUCUCAAACCUGUAACUCCAAGUAGUGUUCAGGCAUCAAAGCAAAAAGUGAAAACCGUACCUAGUGUUCUGCAGCCGAAGGCAGACGACAGCUCAAGUAGCGAGACAGAAAGUGAGGAGGAACCCGUAAAACAGAAUCAGAAGAAACCUGCAUCACCAAAGAAAGGUGUAAAGGCUGUGGCUUCUAAGCCAAACGCAGUUGUGCCACCCACAGCGGAAGACUCUGAGAGCACGGACUCCUCUGAUAGCGAGCCAGAGGCUAAGACACCAGAGCAAAAAGCUGCCAAGCCUCUCCCGGCAUCAAAUGUGAAAACUCCAACUUCAAGCGCUAAGGAGAAAGCGGCUGCAACUCCACAGAAUAUACCAGUAGAUGACUCUUCAGAAACAGAUGACUCUGAUAGUGAUGAAGAGCUGGGUGCCAAGGCAUUAACGAAGACUGGCAGUCAGCCACAAGCAUCUGAUAAGAAAACAGCCUCCGCAAUUGGAAAGACUUCAACUCCAUUGCAAACAGCACCUGCAGAUGACACCUCUGAAACAGAUGACUCAGACAGUGAUGAGGAGCCGGAGGCCACGAAACCCAGCAGUCAGCUUCCAGCAUACAGUGCGAAACCUCCAUCCACUCCUGUGAAACAAUCCGUGCCGAGCUCAGCAGCUGCUAAAAAGGCAGCAACCUUGCAAAAAGCGCCAACAACCGCCGAUGACUCUUCAGAAACAGAGGACUCUGAUAGUGAUGAGGAUCAGGGGGAAAAGAAAAUUGCAAGUUCUCUUCCAAAGUCGGGUGUGAAUACUCCGUCCACGAGACCCAAACAACCUGUGAACGCAAAUGCAGCUGGUGAAAAAGCCAGAACCCCACUGCCCACACGUGACAGCUCAGAAACGGAGGAUUCAGAUAGUGACGAGUCACACGCUAAGCAGGUGACAACCCCAAUACAUCCAGCAAAGUCCAUAACUAAAUCUACACAUGCGACCCCGGUGUCCCAGGCCAGUCCAGCAGCAGCAACAACUCCUGCCAAGAAGGUGGUUGAAGAGAGCAGCGAGGACUCCGAUAGUGAUGAUGAGCCUAGUCCUGCUGUAAAUGCUUCAGCUCCAUUGGGCACCCCGGCAGUAAAACCACCUGCAGCAGCCACUGUACUGGUUCCAGAUUCAGAUGCCGACUCUGAAAGCAGCGACUCUUCGGAUUCAGAUGAAAAAGUGACUGUACAAGCACAGAAAACAAAAGUAGCAGCAAUUGCAUCAGUUAAGACUGCAGCAACUCAAUCAGCGGCACUACUGAGCCCCACCAAAAAGAAGUCGAUUACUCCAGCGUCAGGCAAGAUUAAAGCUGCCCCAAAGCCUUCAAUUGACAUUUCAGAGUCCAGCAACUCUUCAGAUGAGGAUCUCUCACCAGCCCAGGCAUCAAAGGGUUCUGUGAAGUCUAGUGAAAAUGCAGCAAAACUGUCCCAGCAAUCAGGAAGUGCAGCAAAAACCAAGGCAGAAAGUCCUGUCAAGGCUGUCGCAGUCACACAGCCGGCUGCAGCGGUGGAGAGCUCGGACAGCAGCGACUCAUCGGAUAGUGAAGAGGAGCCUGUAAAAACUCUGAAGAAAAAAGAUGUGAUUGCUUUGGCGAAACACAAAGUGUCUACGCCUACUCCCAUUUUGACGUCCACACCGUUGUUCGACAGUCCAGCCAAGGGUAAAGCAGUGUUGCCUACAAAGAGUCCAAAGGUUGUAAAGAAUGUGCAAGCGCGUGUCUCAGAGAGCAAAUCUGUACAUGAUGGGGAGGAAACUAAACAGGAAGAAGCACCAGCUAACCCUAAAACACCACGGGGAAAGCUGUCUGACAAGGGGAUAAAGACUCUGAGCUCAUCUCAGCCCACGACAAAGGUGACAAGCCCGACUAAAACCCCUGCUGGAUUGAAGGAGAUGCAUUGGGAAAGUUCCAGUGAGUCUUCAGAUAGUGAGGAUGACCUUCCACCUAAGAAGGCAAAAGCUGCUGACAAAGAGCAAGGGAAACCUUUACCUGCUGCAACGUUAAAGUCUGCGUCCCCGGCCAAGACCCCGGUUUUUCCUAAGCCACUUUCAGAUGAGAGCUCGGAUGUCUCUUCAGACAGCGAAGAAGAAACUGUUAAGGGGAAAGUGGCAAACAAUACUGAUGGGAAAUUUAAUAGCAACGUCUCUAGAGCUGUACCAAGUAAAUCAGCUGCUCCUGAAAAAGACUCUUCAGAUGAUACAAGUGCAAGUGAGACAGAAGUAUCUCAGAGUCUUCUCAAAGCCCAAACACCUGUAAAAUCUUCAACAAAACGAAAGCGAAUGGAAGACAAGCUUACACCAGCUAGCGAGAGCAUUGCAAAGCCAAGUAAAAAGAAAUCCAAAGUUCAAGCACAACCUAAAACAAAGACAACUCCAUCCACUCCCGCCACACCAGGAGGCCUGCUGGAGUCCGAAGAAGAGAAUAUUUUAGCUCUCUUAGAAGGAAGGAGUCCCAAAAAAACAAAAAAAAACUCUAAAAAGACUGCUUCAGCGGAGACGGUACAAAAGAGUCCCCCACCUCCUGCUCCCUCCACUUUAGUCCCUGAUAGUCCAUUCACAGGAGACGAGAACCUUAAUACAAUAUCCCCAGCUAUCUCAGACCUCAGCAAGUUGUCUGCAAAAAAGAGCAGCAAAAAGCGCAAGAGUCCUUCUGAGGAUGAAGACUCCAAAAAGAAGGAUAAAAAGGCUAAGAAGGAAAAGAAAGAGAGAGAAGCAAAUGCAGCUGCAUUAGGAGAGGCAGCUAAUCCUAAAUCCUCCAAAAAGGAGAAAAAGAAACAUGACAAGGAAAAGAAAAAAAAGGAAGACAAAGAAAAGAAAAAGAAAAGCAAGAAGCUCUCACAAAGUCUGGUCACUCCGGUUGCAGAGUCAACAGAUUCUGGAGUCAGUCUUCAGUCAAAACCCAAGAAAAAGAACUCUGCAUUGUGCCGCUUCUCUGUUAAGAAUAGACAGAAAGCUGGAGUGAAUCUGUUAAUAAAAUCUAACUUUAUAAAGCAAUGGCUUUUUUUUCUACAGAAGAAGGUAAAAGUUGACAAAAAGACUGUCUGAAGUUCUCAUAUAAACUGAGAACAUUAUUUGACGAAAGGACUUACAAGCCAUUAUGUUUUAUAUGUAUAUUUUGUCUACAUCCUCAUGUUAGGGUAACAAGAAGAAAAGCUUAUUUUAUUAUUUUUUUAUACCUUUUAUGUAAGGUAUGAUGUAUUGCCCUGGUUUCUACAGAGAAGUUAAUGCCCGUACAGGUCAGGGCUGUCAUGGACAUAGAACUUUACAGGCUGUGACGUGACCUGUAUCCUGAUGCCCAUAUUUAUGAAACUGAUCAAUGACAAUGAUGCUGGGAAGUAGUUCUCCUGCAUGAUGUGAACUGAACAUAUAUAUUUUUUUUUUUUUUUGUGAAUUUUUGUAAAAUAUUUUUAUACUUUUAAGAGGCUUUAUAUUAGUGAAUUAACAGUGAUUUUUAUUUUAUUUCUGUUUGUGCUUGGAACCUGUGGUUUAUUGAUAAUGGUCAUGCCAUGGCCAGCUUGGCCCCUAGUUUGUACUGAUUAUGGUUCCAAUAGAAGUGAAAUAAAAGUGGGUAUCUUAUUGUGUUGUAUGGCUU